AUGGCCUCCGCGGGGCCGUCUGGCGGCUCUGUGACUGAGCUCGCCUCCAGUCUUUACGAUGCAUGCGUCAGCAAGUUCCCUGCCGACCAUAACCUCUCUCAGCAAGACCUGCUAGGCCUGGAUAUCAUUCCGAAGAAUGACCUCACACUGCUGCUCCAAUGCACCCAGUCGCUUGUCAAUCAGAAUCUGCUCCGACUGCUUCAAACCCGAAAUGACAAACUCGCAUGGAAGAUUAUUCCUAGGGAGGACGCUGAAAAGCUUCAGAACCUCAACCCCGACGAGUCUUUAGUGUAUAAUGUGAUUCAUUCAAUGGGCCGAUCAGGCAUCUGGGUACGGGCCAUAGUUAAUCGUACAAACUUGCACAAAUCCAUCCUCGACCGAUGCCUCAAGUCCCUUGAAGGCAAAAACUAUAUCAAAAGCGUCCACAAUGUCAAGUUCCCCAGCCGCAAGAUGUACAUGCUGGCCGGCUUAGCGCCUAGCGAGGAUGUUACUGGCGGCGCAUGGUUUACAGAUGGCGUGCUUGACGAGAACUUUAUCAACGUCGUCUCCGGAUUCAUCGAAUUUUCCGUUGCGCGGAAGAGUUGGCACGAGAUACCGGACAAGUCCCGCAACAAGAGACUAAAGACCGCCGACGGCAGCGUGGCCGUCAAGAAGGAGUCAGGAGGCACAAAGGGAUAUAUCCCCUACCCAGCCGGCUACCAGGGAUACCCCACAGUCUCGACGUUAACAAACGCCGUCAACCAAAGUGGAAUCACGCCCGUCCGCCUCGGCGAAGAAAGCGUCACCCAGCUCCUCGAAAUGCUGUGCUACGACAAUAAGCUCGUCUCGCUGAACAACGGCGAAGUCUACAAAUCCGUAAUGAACCCAGAGCAGGUCAAAGCGCGUCAAGCGCGUAAACCAGACGAGGACCCUACUGCGGCCGACGACCGGCUCGUCCGAAACGGCAUGACCGAGGUUCCCUGUGGCCAUUGUCCUGUCUUCAAUCUCUGUGUGCCUGGCGGUGCGGUGAGCCCUGAGAACUGCGAGUAUUUUGAGACUUGGAUCCAUGAGAAGAGCCCGCUCUCGUUCUAG